GGGUCGCCAAUCAUCUCAAAACGUUGAAAAGUCGAUAUACGGGUUUUGAAAAUGAACGAGAAGAAAACUCAAUCAUAAUAGUAUCUGAAAAAGCAGCUGCUGCACAAUUGGUUCAUAAAGGUCGUACUCGACGUCGUUUACCUGAUGGGAAGCCAUAUGGUGGUAGUAAUGGUCGUAUGACUAAAUCAAUGGAACAAAAACUGUCCGAUUAUUAUGGUUUAGCAAUACGGCAGACAAGUCAAUUAGCUAAAGAUUUGGAUGACGAUAAUGCUGUACUUCUUAUGGAACGUAAUUGUAAAGCUGUAUUCAUGCACAAUAUAAAACAAUCUGACCGAGAAGUUCAACAUUCUCUAUGUCCUACGGGACUUGAUUCAUGGUGCUCUUAUCAAAAAGAUAAACAUCUUUCAAUAAAAGAAAGAACGGAUCCUAUGAAAGAUGCGAAACGUCUCGAUGCUGUUUUCUUGGAAAUCUUAUCACCUAUGAUUAACACAUUGGCAGAUCAAUCAUUAUUACGACGAUGUUUACGAGAUGCGACUCAAAAUGCAAACGAAUCCAUCAAUUCUGCCCUUUGGUCCAUUUUACCAAAAGCAAAAUAUCAUGGAUAUCGAUCAAUUGGAGAUGCUGCAGCAAUUGCAGCAAUUUUCUUCAAUCGUGGGCGAUCGGGUCUGAUCAAAUUCUUUAAUCAAGUGGGUAUAUCUAUUACUGAAGAGUUGUUGAAUACUCUUCUAGGAAAAGAUAGUAAACGAGUUGCAAAAGCUGAAGAUAAUACUCAGCGACAAGAAAUCAUUAAAAAGUAUAAGAAACAAUAA